AUGGGGGCUUGGAUUGCAGCGAGCACAGCAGAGAGCACCGAGGGAGCAGAGGGGACAGAGAAUACAGUUGGGACAGAGGUGACAAAGGGUGCAGUCGUUUCCGAGAGUGCAGAGCACACAGACGAUGCUGCUGCAGGGAACGGAUCAGCUAGUAGCACUGAGGGAGCAGUGGUAUGGGGCAGCAGUCGCGCGGGGAUGGGAGACAGCAGCAGGGAGAGAGCGUGUGGAUGGCCCACUCUGGCUGUGGAGUUCCCAAGGCCUGAUCUGGAGCCCCGCUCCUCCCUGCUCCGCCCCCCUCCCCCUCCCCCUGCCGCCCCCCUGCUGCUCCGCUCCCGAUACCAGGCAGCAGCAGCUGCUGCUGAAUCUGGUCAGUCUGCUGCCUCUGCUGAUGUUGCUGCCGGUAAGGGGCGUGCCUCGUCAGCGCCAGCGCCGAAUGACCUGGCGGGGGCGCAGAAACUGUCCACGUCAUCAGCGCUGAUUCCUGUAUACCUGUUAGCAGACAACGCCACAGCAGUCAUCUGGCUGCACACAUUCCUGCCAGCAUUGGACGGCUCAGAUGAAGCCCUCAUCGCCUUCCUGCUCACCGAGAUCUCCACAGCCGUUGAUCUCGCCAACCAGCACGGCACGCGCAUACUAAUGGACGUGAGUGGAAACGGCGGGGGCUACGCAGACAUAGCAUACCUCCUCCUGCGCCUCGUGGCCGGCAAGCAGAGAGCCCCCAAGGGCCGCGUGCAGAUGCCACAACAACUCCUCAUCUCCAAUGCAUUCAUGCUCUCGCUGCUCGACAAGCAGCUCACCUCCUUCUACCAGUGGGACAAGUACGUGAGGGUCGACGAGACCACGCCCGUGAAGAGCGCGCGCGAUUUCAAGCCGUUUCAGGAGGAAAAGUUUUCGCAGGACGGGCAGCCCGGAGUGUACUCGGAUUUGUUCAAGCUCGCCACGUUUCCCGGGCUCGAGAAGGUGCCGUUUCGCGGGCCGGUGUUUGGGACCUGGCCGCUCGUUAUAGUCACAAACGGCAACUGCUUCUCAGCCUGCGCUAUAUUCACGCAUAAUCUCAGGAAGCGGUUCGAUGUGAAGCAUGUGACCGUAGGGGGGGUUAUGGGUCAGCCCCUCGGGAUCAGCGCGUCAUGCAUGGGAGCCACGAUGCCCUCUCUAGAAACCGGAGUGACUAACUUCCUAACAGGGACAAAACUCGCCGACCACCCGCGCGCGCCGAAGCCGUUUCCCUAUAAUGUGGUUCAAGGGGUGGCGGUGGUGCAGGGGUAUGUGGAGGAUAAAGUGCCGUGCGAAUAUGUUUUUCUGCCCGGGGACCAGCAUGUUGAACUGACCAUGGAUAAGGUGGCAAACCCUGCUCUUGUGUGGACAGAGGCCUCCCAAUACUUUUAA